GUUUCCGGUGCUUGUGUCCGCGGUGGAGUGGCUCGGCUCGGUUCGGCUCGGUCCCGAACAGAGGAGCAGCUGCAGUCUCGGCAGUGCUGAACCAGCGUGUGACCGCGGAGGAACCAUGGCGGCCCCUGCUCUCUCCGGCCGGGCGGGCUCUUCGGGAAGCCUCGGGAACAGCCCCACCAUGGCCGCCGGGAGGCUGCCGCACGGCGGUGGCGUCGGGCCCGAGCUCGACUUCAGGUCGGCGGCCCGCAUGGAAGACCUGAACCGGCUCAUCCAGGAGUUCAGCAAGCACGACCAGCGGGAGUACGACGACCAGCGGGCUCUGGAGAUCCACACUGCCAAGGACUUCAUCUUCUCCAUGCUGGGAAUGGUCCAGAAGUUGGACCAGAAGCUCCCGGUGGCCAACGAGUACCUUCUUCUGUCAGGAGGCGUUCGGGAGGGCGUGGUGGACAUGGACCUGGACGAGCUGAGCGUCUACGCCCGCGGCACGGACUACGACAUGGACUUCACCCUGUUGGUUCCUGCGCUCAAACUCCAUGAUCGCAACCAGCCGGUGACCCUGGACAUGAGGCACUCGGCGCUGGGCCACUCCUGGCUUAGCCUCCGCCUCUUUGAUGAAGGCACCAUAAACAAGUGGAAGGACUGCUGCACCAUUGUUGACCACAUCAACGGCACCACCAACUACUUCUUUUCACCAACACUGGUGGCUGACUGGUUCUACCAGUCCAUUUCUGUGGUGCUGCUGGAGGUGCAGAAGAAGCCGCAAAGAGGAAUGCCAAGAGUGGAGAAGGUGGAGCGGAAUGGUACCAUCAUCUCCGUCAUCCUGGGCGUGGGGAGCAGCCGGAUGCUCUACGACAUCGUCCCUGUGGUGUCGUUUAAAGGCUGGCCGGCCGUCGCUCAAAGCUGGCUGAUGGAAAAUCACUUCUGGGAUGGGAAGAUCACAGAGGAGGAAGUGAUCAGUGGCUUCUACCUCGUCCCCGCCUGCUCCUACAAAGGCCGCAAAGAGAACGAGUGGCGCCUGUCGUUCGCCCGCAGCGAGGUGCAGCUGAAGAAGUGCAUCUCAUCCAGCCUGAUGCAGGCGUACCAGGCCUGUAAAGCCAUCAUCAUCAAGCUGCUGUCCCGCCCCAAAGCCAUCAGCCCCUACCACCUCCGCAGCAUCAUGCUGUGGGCCUGCGACCGCCUCCCCGCCAACUACCUGGCGCAGGACGACUUCUCCGCCCACUUCCUCCUGGGCCUGAUCGACGACCUGCAGCACUGCCUCGUCAACAAAAUGUGUCCCAACUACUUCAUCCCUCAGUGCAACAUGCUGGAGCACCUGUCAGACGAGACAGCCAUGCUGCACGCCCGCAAACUCUCCUCUGUGCGCUCCGACCCGGCCGAGCACCUCCGCACCACCAUCGAGCACGCCAAGGCCGCCAACAGGCUGACGGUGGAACUGCAGUGGCGAGGCAGCGCAAACAACUUGCCGUCGCCGCAGUCUGACGCCGGCGGAGAGAACCAGCCCGACGACCGUCUGGCCAAGAAGCUUCAGCAGCUCGUCACGGAGAAUCCGGGCAAAUCCAUCUCAGUCUUCAUCAACCCCGAUGACGUCACACGGCCGCACUUCCGCAUUGAUGACAAGUUCUUCUGAGACUAUCCUCCUCCUCCUCCUCGGCCGCCUCUUCCUCCUCUCUCUCAGCCUUUCUUCUCCUCGCCUUGUCCCCACCUCCUCUGAAACUUUAUUUUUUAUUUUUUUAUGUUUCUCUGCCACAGAGUGAAGUGAGGUGAUCGUCUAGUUGUGUCUGCCACAGUUUUUUAUUUUUUAUUUUUCUAUUCCUCUUUCCCACUUCCCUCCUCUUUCACUGUGUGCCCUGUGGUUUUUACCUGCUGAAUGCCUUUUAAAUAGACAACUAAAUAGCAGCAGGUUGUUUUUAAAAAUGAAGGAAGAGGCAGAAAUCCACCUUCAGACGGAUCUGCUGCUUCAGUGUUUGUAGUUUAAUGUAAUUAUCAGGGAUCCUGUAAAUGGGACAAAUCCACCAGCUCCUGAAAACCUCGCAUUUAUUUCACUUUGGACUCUCUGGUCAAAUCUCAUUUAAAUUUGGCUUGAUGACAGUAGGUAUGACAUCAAGUCAGAAACGGGAUGAAAAGGAGGAGCUGGGCCAGGCGGAGGCACUAAAAUCAGCUGAUGUAUGAAGACUGUGAGAAUUACAAUGUGCAUUUCUAUGAUUUAGUGAAGAAUAAUCACAAGCAUUUCAUAAGUUUCAAAGUCUUUUUAUUAGGAAUUCAUAUUUCUGCAAAGGCUCAGUAUUUACAGUGUUCAACCUUCUUCUUCAUGCCUUCUGCAGUUCUCUGUGGCAUGUCGGACAUCAGCUUCCCGGCCAAAUUCUGACUGAUGGAGAUCCAGUCCUGCCUUAUCAGAGCUCCAGUCUGUUUGUGGACUCCAACUAUUCCACCUGCUUUUUAGGGACCGGCCAUAUUAAAAAUCCUUAAAACUUCUGCCAAUGAUCCAGGAACAAUUUGGGAACAAUCUGUGCAUUUUCCAGCGUGACGGAGCUCCAUGUUGCACAUCAAAAGUGAGGACUAAGGUACUCAGAGAUCAUCAGUUAACAGUUUAUGGAUCACUGAUAAGGCAGGAAUGGAUCUCCAUCGGUUGAGAAGCUGCUGUCCAACACGCCCCGGAGAACUGCAGGAGUCAUGAAGGCGGGUCAGCACUAUAAAUAGUGACUCAGUGCAAAAAAAAAAACAAAAAAAAAACUGAAGCAUUAAAAUGCAUAAAUUGCCAAAGCCUUUGGCCAUGAUCGCACAGGCUCAUCAUUAUUACUCUGUGAAGGCAUCAGCUUCUCUCUCAUUUCCCAUAAUAACACGAGAUUUUAGCACAAGAAGGUUUUGCUAAUUAUAAGCAAGUUUCUCACAACCUCUCAUGCUUCAGUUUUAUUAUUCAGACCUAAUGGGAAAAAGUCAAAAUGAAGGUGGAAGAUUUCAGCAUUGUCUUAAAAGUCUGCAGCAGCUCAGCGCUGAGCACAAUUUCACCCCAAAACUUGAACAUUUCAGAGAUGGUUGUUCAGACUGCAGACACUUUCAGGAGCUGGGGACAUCCUGAAGUCUCACAUCCAGGAGCAAAGGCAGCAGAGCUGGGAUGAAGGUGGAUUUUGUCCCUCUGAAGAAUGUCUCAGUCCCACUGCGGGACGACGAUGAUGAUGAUGGUACUAAUGUCUUAGAAACUAACUGUAAAUAGGAGCAAAGUGACUGAACUCUGUGUUAGGCAGAAAGAGAAAUAGACUAUGAUUCGUGGACUACUUUUCAUCCAAUUUUGCACAGAAUGUAAAAAAAACCAACACCACCACUUUUUCCCCUCGAUGGGGGACGCCGUGUCCUCCUCAUUCUCGAAUGAUAAUGUAUCAUAUCAGUAGACGGUGACACUUUACUGAAGGAUGGUCAUAGUGUACGUUGUAAAUGUGUUCAUUAACCGGUGGAGCUGCAGUGAUUGUUCACCAGAGAUUAGCCUGGUCCAAAGAUGCAGCUUCACCUGAUGGAAAUCAGAGAGGCUGAGCUGCUGGUGAUUUCCUCUCUGAGAGUUUUGGACCUUGUUCAUGCUCAGGCUCACAUUCUGCUUCAACUGCUGGAUUCCCAUCAGAAAAUGAAAGACGCCAUUCCUCCACCAGGGCUGAAAGUUCUCUCCACCUCCUGCAUGAGCCGAGUUCCUGCAUCCGGUUUAGGAUGUGCUAUUUUCAGUUUUUCUCAUGCGUGCUUGUGAAGAUGUGAUGCCAGAUCUCACAGAAUCCUUCCAAGCAUUCCUGGAUCCAGCUCCAGAUUAAUGAGGAAAACCACAACAAUUACAUGACUCCUUUGUGGAGGUUAUCAUCAGCCAGAUAAUGAUCCUGAUGAGGGCGCUGUGGGUUUUGGGCCUGUAUGUAACGGUCUCAGCAGCGUUGCUGUUUGCUCCACAUUUCUGACCACUCAGGUUAAUCUGCUGCACGGUAACCACAGUCAGUAACGUGUCACUUUAGACUUGAUAUCACUGAUCUCUCCACUUACUCCCGUCUCUUUCUCCAUCUUGUUUGUUUUGAUUGCACGUAAUUUAAUAAGCUCCACUUUAACCUCGUGUUUUUUGUUUUUAACCUGACUGAUGUUUUCUCUGCAGCUGCUUCUAUCUGUUUAGACAUCGAGAGUUCAGCUCUCCUUCAGCCCAACCAGCUCAGGAUGUGAGCGUCAGCCUCGCCUGCUUGCAGCUGCUGAUUCACAUCCCUUAGACUUGUUUUUAUUGUAAAAACUGGGACCAAAUUGCAUCCUGAUUGGGACUUUUUACAGUCAAACUGUGAACGGAGGUUUGGUCUGAUGGAGCUCCAGCUUGGUUUGGCUUUUCUGCCGUGCAGUUCUGUGUUACCGAUUUUGACACAGAUACAGUUAAUGUGCAGUAAACUAAACUAAUACUAUUUGGCUCCAAAAACUGGCAGAUAAUUUGUUGAACCAUUAGUUUGAAGCUCAGGUAAAGUCAGCUUGGUAAACAUAAAACCUGCCCAGACUGCAGGAUGUGUCUGUGUGAUAAGAUGGACCUGGUCUCCAAUCAGGUGAUUAUAGAGUCAGAAAAACCACAGGACAGUCGACAUGCUGGUGGUAGAACAUUUUUCCCCCACCUGCUGGGAAAGAAGAGCUGCGGUCUGACUUCCUGAAACAAGCCUGUAAGCAGCUGGUGGCAGUCGAAGCGUUUGAUAGGGUCUAUCUUGUCUUGUGAUGUAGUGUGAAUCCAGCUUAUUUCCCAAGUUGGUUUAAAGGAGCCCUGUUUUACAUAUUUCCAUCUCUAUAUAUUUAUUCUUGGACUCCACCAGAGUAGCUUUGCAUGGUUCACAGUUCAGAGUGAUCCUUUUUUACCCCAUUAGCCUCGCCGUCACCUUGCCAAGCAGCCAACUUUCAACUUUGUGAACACGAUAAGUCGAGAGUGGCGUCACCUAUGACGUUCAAAUUCAUACCAUAGAUGCAUCUACUAAAAACACAGGCUCAGUUCUUAUCAUAAUAAUGACAAUCAUGGAAAGUGACAGUAUUCUCAGUGGAUUAUAUUUAUUAUGAUUUUAGCAUUUCUCAUUCCUGGUUCUUACUGAGCCAUUUGCAAGUCACUACGGCUCAUAUGCACCCCAUUAAGACCCUCUGAGACCUGGGAAUUAUGUGUUCUGGAACUUGUGCUUCCAGAGGAUUUGUGCCACCUAAAGAUCUUCUGCCAGGAGGCUGCGGGGGGAGCACUGGGGGCUGACAGUAUUUUGAAUCUUACACUUACACGUUCUUCUUCUAUUCCUCCUUUAACGCCACCCUCUAUAAAAACCCGCUUCCUUCUGAUUGGUGAACUUCUGUAAGCAUCCUGAGGGGCAGAAAACACUGGAAAAGAUGACUGUUGGGAGCCAUUUGAAGCUUUUUCCAUGUUUUAUAUGAACAUCAGACACUAUAGCAACACAGGUCUUCUUUAAAAGCAGACAUGGGAAGUUGAUGAUAAAUAUUUAUUAAUUUUUAGUAUUUCUUGGUAACUGACUUCUUGGUAGUUUCCUUUUCGCUGAUGCAGAUAUAGGUGAUGGUUUCAGUCUUGGUGAAAAUUCAAUAGACCACAUCGUUUACUGAAUCAGGUGAUGAAUGAAGUUAUCUUUGUCCAAAGUCUCACUAAUGUGAGGCAUCUGUUGAGGUCUCAGGCAUGUACAAGUAAGUCUGUGCUCAGCUCUGAUUGGACAGCCGAAGCAAAGAGGUGGGGCCUAUCAUUAUUACCUCUACAGCUCACUACAGCUCUCAAACACUAAAACAGGAUUUACAAAAAAACACUACAGAGAAAUUUUUCAUAUUCUGACGUAAACAAGCAUCAUUUACAUCAGCUGCUUUCAGGACUUGGCUGCGCAGUGAUGUCCAAGCCUUGUGGCAGCUGUCUUUGAGCUGGUUGUGCUGAAGGUGAGUUGGUCCCAGUUUUUGUUUUGUUGUCAAAGUCUGAAACAUUUCCAGAAAAAUGCAAAAAAAAAAAAAAAAUCCUGCAGACAUCUGCUGGCAAUGUGAUCUCCAUAUCCUCAUCCUCAAGUGCAAUUAGUGAACAUACACAGAACAAGUACACACUUAUACAAACACACGUAUACAUCAUGUAGCAUUAAGACACUGAAGUAAGUUAAGCUGAACAGUACACUCCUCUGCUGAACCCCACAGACCCGCACUGACACUCCCACUCAGAGGUUUUUCACACCAUCAAAGUGCCACACGCCCUCCUGCUCGGUGGAAAUGUAAUCAGUGUCUUCUUCUGAGCUCCGUGACCUUUGACCUUACUGCUCUCUUUGUUUGUUAAGAACCUUUUGACUGUGAGUUUUUAUUUUCUCUGUAUCCUGCUGCUCUGCUUUAUUCUGAUGAUGGAUUUCUUUAUGCAAUGUUGAAGUGGAUGGGUGUAACCCUUCAGAUGGCAGCUCCUCCCCAUCUGUGAAGGUUCUUCACUGUAUGUCACUAUACAGUAGAGUCACCAUAAAGUCUUUAAACCAGAA